AUGUCCUUAUGGGUGUCCUUGUGGUGUCCUUGUCGUGUCCUUGUGGUGUCCUUGUCGUGUCCUUGUGGUGUCCUUGUGGUGUCCUUGUCGUGUCCUUGUGGUGUCCUUGUGGUGUCCUUGUGGUGUCCUUGUCGUGUCCUUGUGGUGUCCUUCUCGUGUCCUUCUCGUGUCCUUCUCGUGUCCUCAGACUUCUCCCUCAGCAGCGACCUCUCCUCUCUGUCCGGCUUCGGGGGAUCUGGUCUCGGGUCGGUCUCCAGCUGGCAGCAGAUCCAGAGCCUCCAGCACUCGGCCCUGGGUCACAUGGGGACCUUGUGUCAGAACUCGAACCUGAACCUGCACAUCAAGUCCGAGCCGGCCUCCCCCCCCAGGGACCUGAUGGGCGGCGCCGGCGGGCUGGUGGGGGGGUGCAUGGCGGCGGGCGGGUACUCCGGCGCCGUCGCGGGCCACUCGCCGGCCGACAGCGCCUCCAGCUGCGGGAGCUCGUACGACGCCGGAGAGGAGCGCGAGGAGCGCCACGGGAACUUCCUCCUGCAGACGCUGGCCAAUCAGGAGCAGCGCCACAGCCCCACAGUCAAACGCAUGAGGCUGUCGGAGGGGUGGGCCACAUGA